AAAUUGUCUUUCUCCGAACGUUGAGCCAAUUUCCUGAUUUCCUCUCUCCUAAUCCUUCUACUGCUGCUUUUUUGACAAAGUCAAUUGUAAAUCCUCCAGAGACCCACAUCCUAGAAGUCCAAAGCCAGCAUAUCCACUCUCACAGCUUUGUUUUCUUCCACUUGCUUUUAUUUUAUCUCACGUCUUCUCAACCACCAUUAAUUGAUGCUCCGAACGUUUUUCCUCUCUAGUUCUCUACUUGUCAACUGAGGCAACUUCAGAAUGGACCCCAGUUGCUCUGUCUUUCCAGUGACUGAAAAUAGUGGAAGUUGGCAUGGGUCGUUACUUUCAAAACCCAGAAAGCUUUAGCUUAGACUUUCGGAACCCAGAAAGCUUUUAGGCUCUCUCACUAGUCUUUUUCUGGGUUUUUCAAUCAGUCAUAUCUAAAAGACAAAUGUGAUAAUGGUUUGUCUGAGUUUCUUGAAGUGAAACCCCUUUUAGUUGUCUUUUCUUGAAGUGAAACCCCUUUUAGUUGUCUUUGUUUCCUCUGUAAAGGCAGUUGAGAGAUGGGCAGUGUACUCUACUUGCUCUGCCUUUUCUGUCAGAUGCUGUUGCUUCCUGGGCUAUCUUCUUCUCAUCCCUUAUGCACCGACUCAAUGGCACCUAAUACUCUGAAGGCGCCUCUGACCUUCUGUCCUUAUAAUGGAAAAGCCUGUUGUAAUUCUACCCAAGAUUAUCAGUUGCAGAAAGAGUUUCAAUCUAUGAACAUCUCAGAUCCUGCCUGUGCCUCUGUGAUGAAAUCUAUUCUUUGUGCGACCUGUGAUCAGUUCUCUGCUCAGCUAUUUAAGAUUGAAUCUAAGCCUCGGUCAGUUCCUGUUCUAUGCAACUCCACCAUAUCAGUAGAUUCAACCCAGUCUAACAGUGCAGCAAAUGACUAUUGCGGAGUGGUCUGGGAUACUUGCCAAAGAGUGUCUAUGUUGCAUUCCCCCUUUGCUCCUGCAUUGCAAGGUAGUGCAGGAACACCUGUGAAUAUCAGUUCUUCCAAACUAAAUGAUCUUUGGGAGUCAAAAAGUGAUUUCUGCCAAGCAUUUGGUGGAGCUUCUGCUAAUGAUUCAGUAUGUUUUGAUGGUGAGCCGGUUUCUCUGAAUAAUACUGGCACCAUAAGUCCCCCCAAUGGUCUGUGCCUUGAGAAAAUUGGGAAUGAAAGUUACCUGGAUCUGGCUCCGCAUCCUGAUGGUUCUAACCGUGUCUUUUUGGCUGACCAAAAAGGUAGGAUAUGGUUGGCAACUGUUCCUGAAGCAGGAUCUGGGGGAACAUUAGGACUUGAUGUAUUAAGUCCUUUUCUAGAUAUAUCAGAUCAAGUAUGUUUUGAUACCCAGUUAGGACUGAUGGGUAUCGCAUUUCAUCCAAACUUUGUGCACAAUGGCCGCUUCUUUGUUUCGUUCAACUGUGACAAGGCUCAAUGGGGUGGAUGUUUUGGGAGAUGUUCAUGUAAUUCAGAUGUGAAGUGUGAUCCUUCAGUUCUUGCUUCGUAUGCAGGGGGCUCUCCGUGUCAAUAUUAUAGUGUUAUCUCAGAAUUUACUGUUAAUGGUACCGCAUCGCAGAUUUCCUUGGCAACAAGAGGCAAUCCAUCAGAGGUUAGAAGGAUCUUUACCAUGGGUCUUCCAUUUGUAGCUCAUCAUGGGGGCCAGAUUAUCUUUGGACCCUCUGAUGGAUAUUUAUACUUUAUGAUGGGAGAUGGUGGAGGUGAAGGUGACCCUUUCAAUUUUGCCCAAAACAAGAAAUCUUUGCUUGGAAAGAUUAUGAGGUUCGAUGUAGAUAAUUUACCAAGUGCAAAAGAGAUGACUGACAUGAAUUUAUGGGGAAAUUAUUCCAUUCCCAAAGAUAAUCCAGCUUCUAAAGACCCCGACUUGCAGCCCGAAAUUUGGGCCUCAGGCCUACGGAAUCCUUGGCGCUGUUGUUUUGAUGCAGAAAGACCUUCCUACUUUAUCUGUUCAGAUGAUGGCCAGGAUAGAUAUGAAGAGGUGGAUAUUAUUACAAAGGGUGGGAACUAUGGAUGGCGUGUUUAUGAGGGUCCCUAUGCUUUCACUCCUAAAAAAGCCCCUGGAGGAAAUACAUCUGCCAACUCAAUCAAUCCAAUCUUUCCUGUAAUGGGUUAUGACCACUCCGCUUUGAAUAACAGUGGCGGAUCAGCAGCAAUCAUAGGUGGCUACUACUAUCGGUCCUUGACUGAUCCAUGCACGUAUGGAAAGUACAUCUACGCAGAUUUGUAUGCGGGUGCUAUUUGGGCUGGUACUGAAAACCCAGAGAACAGUGGAAAUUUCAGUACCAGCCAGAUUCCUUUCAGUUGUGCUCAUGACUCUCCAAUCCAAUGCACCUCUACAGAAGGAAGUCCUUUGCCUAGUUUGGGUUACAUAUACUCAUUUGGGGAGGAUAAUAAAAAGGAUCUUUAUAUUCUGGCGACCAACGGUGUGUACAGAUUUGCGAGUCCAAGUCGCUGCAACUAUUCAUGCUCAAAGGAAAAUGUUACAGCUACGAGUCCGAGUCCGAGUCCCACAAAUUCUGGGAGUCCAUUAAGGAAACAAUAUCAUGAUCUGGCGCUUUUGGUCUCUUCAUUGAUGCUUCUACUAGGUUUCACAUUCUGAGACUCUUGUCUGAUUUUUGUUUCUAUACCAAGGAGAAUCUUGUGGCAGGGGAGAAAAAUUGAAUGUAUAUCAAUGUGCCUUACAAAGUAUGGAAAAAUCUACACCCACUGGAAGACCAGAAGUAUGUGAACUAGAUUAGGAAUUUCCAGUUACUCUUCCUUCCCCCCCCCCCCCCCCCCCCCCCCCCCUUCUCCCCAAAUCUUUUCCUUUUCAUUUCAUUUUGUUUCCAUAGAGAGUAGACAAACAGUCUUAAUGCUUUGUUUAGAGAUUUUGGUUUGAACCUUGUUGAGUGUUUUAUUGGAAUUAAUGUGUAAGGGAAGGAUUUUUUUGUAA